AUGUCCGUUGUUUAUAAAGAAAUAUCUAGACUUACUUUAUCCAGUGAAGAUAAAACAGCGCUUCGUGUCUUUCUUACUAAUAAUCAAAAUACAAAAGAAGAGGUGGAUGCGGUUCUUAUAACAAUUGAAAAUGAUGAUGAAAAGAUAAAUUAUUUGAAGAAUUUCUUGCAAGAGCAAGGAAAGCAAAAACGAAACAAGGGUAGUACAAAAAAACUCGAGCUUGAUAUCACAACUCCAUCUCAAGAGAUGGUUCGGUUUAUAAAUGAAUUAUCUAAUAUUCAACUUGAUGUCAAUGAUAAAUUUCUGAUACUUCCGGAUAAUGUUUGUUUUGAAGGCAAGUCUCACUACCGCUCCAACUUAUUCAUACAACAAUGUUAUCGGGAUCUUGCAAAGAUUAUAUUGGAAAUAGUGAAUGGCGGAUCGAAAGAUCCGUACUUCAUGAUUCAUGAUAAUCCUGGAAUUGGAAAAACCUACUUUGUUUACUAUCUGUUGCACUUAUUGCUCCAGCAUGAUAACACUAUAGUAUGGGAAAAGUCACGAAAUGUCAGUCAAGCAGUCUUAAUUACUGGACCUAAGAACGCUCUCAUCAUUCAAAAAGCCCACUUGAAGCAUUUGGAGAAAAAAAAUAUCUGCAAAGGAAUAGCAGAGACAAGUAGCCUUCGGGGAAAUUUGUUUGAAGGGUAUUCUCAUAAUCUCAUUAGACGAGGACAUUUUCGUAUCAGUUCGCUGAAUACUUCAUUAACUGCUGAUGAAAUUGUCAGUAUUCAAGAAACUGAAUUUGAAAGCUAUGGAAAAGUUGAUGAAAUCAUCAAUACAGUACCAAAUAUUUUCCACCAAAAUCAAAAACAUUUUGUGCAAUUGACUCGCUCAUUCCUCCAAACCAACUUUUCCAAAUGA